UCAUUUUUCUCAGGCUUUCUUGACUUUUAUUAUUUCUUUUUUAACCACUUGAUGCUUGAGAAAGAGGAAGCUGUCAUUGCUGAAAACGAGUUGAUUUUUGAAACUUGUUCUAGUAAGAAGGAGGAGUAUGGAACUCCGCUUUCCUCCCCUGGAAGACAGGCAGCGAAGGAGUCCUUUGUAGGUGUAAUAGACUUGGACUGAUGACUUGGCAUCGUGUUGCCCAGUAAAAGCUGCCACUGACUAGCUUGUGCUUGCGGGGAUUGGACGUUUCCUACAGUCGUGGUAGCUGGGAAAGAGUCCUCCUAAGACUGAGAGCCAGCUUUGGGAAGAUUGGGAUUCCUAGAGCAUCGAGCAUUUUUGCAAGAUAAGCAUGUGCAUGCUUAGCUUGGCUAGAUUGUUCUGAAGAAACUGGCUGUUUCUCCGAGCUGCUGAAAUACCUGCUGAUAAGUGUUUGAAGAAGAGAUAUUUGGCUUCAUAAUGUCUCUUUGUGCAUCUUCUCACAAGGAGUUUUCUCAGCUGCUCCCCACUCAAGAUAUUGGAUAUAACAAAGCUGAGAUCAAAAGCUCACCAUCUGGCCUUAGUUCUCCUGCUCCCUACAACUGCAGCCAAGCUGUUCUGCCCCUGGAACACAGUUCCCUUUAUAUUCCUUCAUCUUAUGUUGAAGGCUGCCAUGAGUAUUCAGCGAUGGCCUUCUAUAGUCCCACUGUGAUGAACUACAGCAUUCCCAGCAAUGCCAGUGACUCAGAAGGUGGAGCUGUCAGACAGCCAGCCAGCCCCAAUAUAUUGUGGCCAACUCCUGGACACCUCUCUCCUUUAACACUACACUGCCAGUCAUCACUCUUAUAUGCUGAACCCCAAAAAGGCCCCUGGUGUGAGGCAAGAUCAGUGGAACAUGUGUUGCCUGUGAACAGAGACACAAUGAAAAGAAAAGUUAAUGGGAACAGUUGUAACAGCCCCAUUAUCAAUAGCCCAGGCUCAAAGAGGGAUGCCCACUUCUGUGCUGUCUGCAAUGAUUAUGCUUCUGGUUACCAUUAUGGUGUGUGGUCGUGUGAAGGAUGUAAGGCAUUCUUUAAAAGGAGUAUUCAAGGACAUAAUGAUUAUAUCUGUCCAGCUACAAAUCAAUGCACAAUUGAUAAGAAUCGACGCAAAAGUUGCCAAGCCUGUAGACUUCGGAAAUGUUAUGAAGUUGGAAUGAUGAAAUGUGGUUCCCGGAGAGAACGUUGUGGGUAUCGAGUUAUCCGAAGGCAGAGAAAUUCAGAUGAGCAAGUGAAUUGUCUUAGCAAAGCAAAGAAAAACAGUGAAAAUGUAACCCGAGUGAAAGAGCUGCUGAUGAAUGCCUUGAGUCCUGAGCAGUUUGUGCUAUCUCUCUUGGAAGCAGAGCCACCCAAUGUAUUUGUGAGUCGCCCCAACAAACCAUUUACUGAAGCCUCCAUGAUGAUGUCAUUGACCAAGCUUGCAGACAAGGAGCUGGUUCACAUGAUUGGAUGGGCCAAGAAAAUUCCUGGAUUUGUGGAGCUCAGCCUGUAUGACCAAGUGAGGCUUUUAGAGAGUUGCUGGAUGGAAGUGUUAAUGGUGGGGCUGAUGUGGCGAUCAAUUGAUCAUCCUGGAAAACUCAUCUUUGCACCAGACCUUGUUCUGGACAGAGAUGAGGGCAAAUGUGUCGAAGGGAUUUUGGAAAUCUUUGACAUGCUCCUGGCAACGACUUCAAGGUUCCGAGAACUGAAACUCCAACACAAGGAGUAUCUCUGUGUCAAGGCUAUGAUUCUCCUGAAUUCCAGUAUGUUUCCUUUAGCAGCAGCAACUGAAGAACCAGAGAGCAGCAGGAAGUUACAUCACCUACUUAAUGCUGUGACUGAUGCAUUGGUGUGGGUUAUUGCAAAGAGUGGAAUCUCCUCUCAGCAGCAGUCAAUACGCCUGGCUAAUCUUUUGAUGCUUCUUUCUCAUGUUAGGCAUGCAAGUAACAAAGGUAUGGAACACUUACUCAGCAUGAAAUGCAAAAAUGUGGUCCCUGUCUACGACCUGCUCUUGGAGAUGCUGAAUGCCCACACGUUGAGGGGAUAUAAAAAGUCAUCUGUCACUGUGUCAGAGUGUGAUCCUGCAGAGCAGAGUGAGAGCAAGGAGGAAGGCCUCCGGGACCUGCAGUCUGAAUGAUGUCAUCUUAUCCAAGAGCUGGGCUGAAAACACAGAGGUGACUGAGAUUUGAGCCAAAGUAGAGUCUUUUCUUGGUUGCCAGGUGUCUUGUGACGUUCAUGGGAAAUGAAGCUCUGAACGUGUAGACGCGUUCAUCAUCUAUCUGUUCUUUGGUAGACAACUCAGUCCUCAGCUAGGUGACACUGAUGAUCUAUUAAGGAGCACAACCAUGAUUUUUAGGGGCUGGGAUAAGAAAACCAUUGACUCCAUGUUGCUAAAGAAUAAACUGGAAUGCUGGGUUUAUAUCUUUUGGGCUCUUGCAGGAUCUCAGAUCUAGCAACUCCCUGCCCCGUCUUACUCUGUCCCCCUUUAAAACUAUGUACAUAAUUUUGUGAUGAGUGAUGAGAAAAGUAGCUGGGGAGUAGAUAGAAUGAGAAUAUCCCAGAGUUGGAAGGGACCUCAGAGACCUAGUAUAAAACCCUUACCUGAAGUACUGUGAUAUAGGAAGAAAGAGUUCUAUAUUAGCAACCCAAGAAUGACAAUUGGAAUUUGACAUCCUUUUGUUCUUCUGAGCCUCAGACAUCAUGUCUAUAAAAUGAAAGUGGAGUAGAUAAGCUCUGAAGUCCCUUCUAGCUCUAAAUAAGUUAUCCUUUCUUAUAACUCCCUGGGCAAGUCACAAUGUUUGCCUUAUUUUCCUCAUCUGUAAAAAGAGCUGGAGAAGGCAAUACCCCCAGUAUCUUUGCCAAGAAGACCCCAGAAAGGUCAUGAAGAAUCGAAAACGCCUGAAAAGAUUUAACGACAACCAGUGAAUGACAUCCUUAACACAGUGGUCCCCUAAGUCACCAACCAGCCUUUAAUGCUCUGGCAAAACAGUCUGAGCUUGAAGCUCUCUGUGUGACAGUACUGAGCACAGAUGUUUCUGGAUGUCUCUGGGACUGCAGGGAGGACCAGAAAUUAUAUUCUCCCCCAGCUCCUUUUGUGGCUGCACUGACUUAGGCAUUGGAUAGAAUGGAUGCAUGUCUCCAGUGCCUCAGUAAUGAAGCCAAAGCCUCCCCCAUGCUUUGUGAUCACCUGCAAAUUACAGCUAGGUGAAUCUGUUCUGACCGUGUUUUUAUUCUUUGAUUUUUGGUAGCAAUGUGAAUUUUGACUACUGAAAAAACAUUGUUCAUCCUGAUGUGAAUAUAAUUUACUUUAGUAAACAUAAGACUAUGUAGCCCAUUUGAACUGUUUUUAUUUUCCUCUCUCUUUUGUAAAUAAGUUUGAUAGGCAGUGUUAAAUUUUAGGUCAGGGCUUUAAGGUGGACGUGAAAAGAAAUUGUAGGCAGUAGAACAGGGAGUUAGGAGCAGUGAUGUUUCUUGAAACUCUUUGAGGGGCACAAUGUGAACCAUGUAAAAGGGUGAGCUGACUUUCUCCAACACUUGGGUCUUUCUCUUGUGCUCUUAACCCCUUACGUCUCCUUGAGUUUCCUGUGGGAGACAGGAGCAGCCUAGUUAUAAGGUGCCAAUGUGGGACAUGAAAUUGUGUCGAGGAGUUAAACAACAAAUAAAUAUGGUUUUGUCAUGGGACUGCUGAAGAACUGAUAAAUUCAGUUGAUGGUUCAAGUUGUGAUAAAGAUUUUUACCAGAUUUCCAAGUGUUUCCUCUUCCCAGAAGGAAGGAAAGAGUGAAAUAUUUUAAGGAAAAAACAACCACCUCACCCUACCUCCUCUCCCUCAAUUCUUAAACUUAAAAUUCUACUGGGGGAUCCUAGGUGUGAAGGUCUGAUUGCUUUUAGCUUUAUAUGCUUACCGUGAUGAAUUCUAAUAACAAAUGCAUAGUAUGCUGCAGAAACUCUUAUUCUGAGGAAUAGUUGCCAAUCUUAUGCACACUUCUUCACCACAAAUCUUUUAACAACUGAAGAUCUGAUAAUCUUGAAGGCACAAUUGGUUGCAGCAUAAAAGAAUUGUUCAUUUUAAGGAAGUUUGUGUGUGUGUGUGUUUUAAUUGGAGUGUCUCUAAUUCAGUUGUUUGCUUACCCUAGAAUUUAAUUAUCGACAGGUAAUGGAAUAAUAGGGUUGGAAAAUGAAACAAAUUUAUUAGUGCCCCCUAAAUGUAAUUUUACUACAUAACUAAGGGAAAACAGUCCUGAAAUUGCUAUAUAAUUCCAUUUACAAAUACCCAAAAAAGCAUAUUUUCUAAGAAUACAAUGAACUUAUAAUUUGAAGUCUAUCUUUACUUUGCAGAGUUACUACUUUGGAUAGUUACAUCAUCAUAUUUGAUGAAUUUGGCAAUAGCAUAUUUUGAAAGUGUUUACAAGCAAUGUAUCUAUGAUGUGGGAUUCAAUAUAUUUAUUGCUUUUGAGGGGGAAAAAAAAAGGCUAACCAAUUUUCCUUAGGCUAGCUUAUGUUGGGUGCCAUACAUUGAUACCUAGAACACCCUGGGCUUUAGGUAGGUGGACUUAUGCCAGGGAACUUUUGUAAAGAGAGUAUUAAUUCUUAAAAUCAUUUUACUUAGUACUUGGAAUUGAAAACUGAAACAGAAUCAGAAAAUAGUCAUGUAUACUCAGAGGAAUCUCAGUUGAAUUGUAAAGCCAAGUGUGUUUGUAUUCUGAAGAGAUUUAAAAGUGUUUUAUAUGAGUCAGUCCUUUAUGAUCUUACUAGGAUCUCAUUUAGUGCAGAGAUGAGUAUAAUUUUGGAGAACCAGAGGAUCAUUUCCAAGCUCUCCAAAAGGGUAGUUCUAUACUUGAUGUGGUGUCUCCCUCUACUGGAGUUAAUAUCUAGUGCUACAUAUGGGGAAAACUCUAAUAAAGCCACCAAAACUUGAUGGAAUAAAUUUGCCACUCUUAGAGCCUAGAUAUUUGUUUUUUUUGGAGCUCUAAAAAAGAUAAAGUUUUUUUUUUUUUGAAAAAUUAAGUUUUUAUAAGGUUUAUGAUUUUUAUAUAUGAAUUGAAUAUAGGUUGAUUGGGUGAACAGGCAUAAAUGAAUUUCAUUCUCAGAGGACUGUGGCCUAGGGCCAGAUCAUAGAAUCAUAGAACUAGAGCUCCAAAAGACUUAAAGUCAUCUACUCCAACUAGAUAAAGAAAUUAAACUUGAUUACUAAGGAUAUCCUAACUUUCAUAAAUGAGAAAACUGAGAUAAAAAUUGCU